AUGGGUAAUAACCUUAUGAUUCGGAACACUGAUCUGGCUGUCGUCUCGCGGGAAUUUGGAGAGGCAGUUAUAAUCGUUUCAUCCAGUAUGCCCUUAGCGACAUCUUCUAUGAGCAACCAAAUCAUCGAGUCAUCAUCGGAGUUUCCCAUUACCAAAGCUGUUUCUGGUCUAUAUCCACCAACUUUUCUGACCCAAGAAGGCAGGUUGGCGAGAUCGUCCCGUAUUGUUGGAUUUAUUAAGCAGACACAAUCCGUAAAUCGUAGGCAACCAUCUGCCGAACUAUGA